AAAAACUAGGCUUUAUUGUUUCAAAUCUUCAUUAUGGAUCAUAUUCACGCUUUUGGUGGGAGUUCUCUAGUGAAAAUUUAAUCUUUCCAAUUCGCUUAAAGCAACAAAUUAAAGUUGUUCUUAAUGAUGCAAAUUUUUACUUAUCAAUUCAAAUAGGUACUAAAAAUAAUGCAAUGUUACCACAAUAUUAUUGCCGAAGUGAGCAUUUUGAAGCAAUUGAAAAUAGUCUGACUAAAGCUAUUUCUACUGUAUAUCAACUUAUGUUUCAUACUGAAACACGAUAUUCAGGUCAUUUAGUUAUGGGAUGGAAUAAUAAAGAUAUAUUAGAAAUUAUUAGAAGUGAUAUCAAGUUUUUUCCUAUUACAUACAUGGUUGGCGAAUAUAAGUCUUUAUUGUGGACAAAAUCUUCAAAUCCAAAUAAUGAAAAAGAAUCAUUAGCUAAUUUAUAUAAAACAGAAUUUCUUACGAGCUCUCCAAUUCAUAUUCGAACUUCUACUGACAAAUUUUGGUCUUGUUUUGAUCGUGCUCUUGAAGACAACAAACAUACUUUAAACGGGAAAAGACGUAUCUUGUCUAUUAUUGUUGAUGAGUUUUCAUACUUUGAAUUGCAACAUAAUCUUGGUAUCUCACAAGCAAUAAAACGGUAUAUAAAACUUGGCAGUAAGCUUGAAUCGGGUAAUGAUAUAGAAGAUGCUAUAAAAGAUAUUUCUGGUACACGAGUUGCAAAUUUAACACUGAAUAGAAAUAAUGAUAAAGGAAAAUUAGGAACGAUAGCUGGGAUUUCGAACUUACAUGAAUGGACAUGGCCAUCUGACGAAAAUAAUAUGAAAUAUAUACGUGCUAGAGCAAUGCCAAAAAUUG